AUGAGAGGACACUCUGAGAGCUCUUCUUGCUCUUUGAAAUGUGUUCUGGCCCUAAUUGUUGCCCUACAGCUCUCUUCCAUCACCGUCAACGCUGCAGCCGUCAAAUACCACCGUAUAAAGCAGCAGAGGGAUAGGAUCAUCAAGCUGCCCGGACAGCCGGAAAAUGUCAGCUUCUCCCAGUACUCCGGCUAUGUCACGGUGGACCAGAGGGCCGGCCGGGCUCUAUUUUACUGGUUGAUUGAGUCACCAGACAGUAAGAAGCCCUCAUCAAAGCCACUUGUUUUGUGGCUCAAUGGUGGGCCUGGUUGCUCGUCUGUAGCCUAUGGGGCCUCCGAGGAGGUGGGCCCGUUUCGUGUUCUUCCUGAUGGAAUGAACCUCACUUUGAGCCCAUAUGCUUGGAACAAAGAGGCCAACUUGCUUUUCCUUGAUUCACCAGCUGGUGUUGGUUUCUCCUAUUCAAAUACUUCAUUUGAUGAAACUACUGGUGACCAAAGAACAGCUAAAGAUGCAUAUACAUUCCUUAUCAAUUGGUUUGAGAGGUUUUAUCAGUACAAGCACAGACCAUUCUAUAUUGCUGGAGAAAGCUAUGCAGGUCAUUACAUUCCUGAGUUGUCUCAACUCAUACUCCGACACAAUAAGGGUAUUAUUAAUUUCAAAGGCUUCUUGUUGGGAAAUCCACUUCUAGAUGACUACUAUGAUAAUAUUGGUACGUUUGAGUUUUGGUGGAACCAUGGGUUAAUCUCGGACAUAACGUAUGAUGCACUAAAUGGAUCCUGUCCACACGAUUCCUUCCUUUUCCCGCGAAAUAAAUGUUACAAAGCUCUUUUUGAUGCUUACGCCGAGUUUGGAGACAUCAAUCCCUAUGCCAUUUACGACACUCCUUGCUACGAUACGGGCACCCUUCCCCACAACUUAAGGACUCCUCUGCCGUGGACAUUUAGAGGGAACGACGAGUGCAUCGUGAAGUACACAAAAAAGUACAUGAAUCUCCCAGAUGUGCAAAAGGCUCUUCACGCAAAUGUUACUCAAAUUCUUCAUCCUUGGAUGACUUGCAGUGAUGUUGUAAGGAGCAGCUGGACUGAUUCACCCAAAUCCAUGCUUCCCAUCCUCAAGGAACUUAUAGCAGCUGGCAUCAGGAUAUGGAUAUUUAGCGGCGACACUGAUGCUGUUUUGCCACUCACCGCGACCCGUUAUUCCAUCAAAGCUUUGAAGCUCAAGACCAUCACCAACUGGCAUGCCUGGUAUGACGACAAUCAAGAGGUUGGUGGUUGGAGCCAAGUAUACAAGGGUCUGACCUACUUAACAGUGAGGGGGGCUGGGCAUGAGGUUCCACUGGGCCGCCCUCGGCUUGCACUGAUGCUGUUUAGUCAUUACUUGAAAAACAAAACCUUGCCAUCAUCUUGA